GGAGCGCAGCAGGCGGCCAUGUUGGAGCGGCGGAGGCGGCGCAGAGGUGCGUCCUGGGUCCCCGCGGCGGCGCCGGUACCAAGUACUGGUUUGCGGAUACGCAGGCAGAUCCGAAGUGCCUGAUGCCAUGAGCAUGGUAGUGCAUCAUGUGGAGGAGAAAGCUGUGCACUCCUGGUCACGCAUCUCCACGGCAGGGAAGAAAGCCCUGGAAGAGGCGCUGUUGGUGUUUAACCCCAUGAGCCAGGAUCUCAGUGCCACAGAGGCCCAACUUGUGGCCUUCCUACAGGGCCUGCGAGAUGAUGGCUUCCAACCGACCAUUUUGCGAAGUGGUGAUGUUUACGGCUAUAGCUCAUGCACAGCCAACCCCCCCAGCCAGACAAAGCUACAAGCUCGCACCACCAACCCAUCUGCCACAUCACUUCCAGCCAGGGCUCCCCAAACUGCUGUGUCGCUACCUGCAAGAAAGGACACACUGCUUCCUGUGCCACUGUCUGGCAGGCUGGCUAAGGGGUCCACACCAGCCCUUGCCAAGCAUGCCACCACUAACCUGCUGCUGAGCUCCCUGAAGGAGUCAAAUGUCAGUCACACCAGUGGCGCAACAGUAGGCUUCCCUGCCCACCUCUAUCCAGGUGUCUGCCCUGCCAUGCGGCUCUCUGUGGUCCUCGAAGCACUAGUCCCACUCAAGACUCCUUGCUUGGGUGCCAAGCACAGGGCACAGUCACUGCAGCUGUCCCUUGCAAACUCUUCCCUGAAACUGAAGAAAGGUUCGGGGAACCCACAGUCCAAAGCAUCCAGAAAAAUCACAAGUAAGGGCCUCAAAUGCCUGAGCAGGAAAGGUCCUGGGGCUGACCGACGAGGUGCUGGGACCCAGAGCAGUGGCAUACGCAUGAAAGGGUGUUCUUCCUUGGGCACCAAAACAGUCCAGGCCAAGGCAUCUCGAACACUGCCCAAAGCUGCUCAGGCCCAUGCCAGUAGAGCGCAAACCCAGAACAAGACAGUAAGGGUGAAGGCCAAAGCAACGAAGGCCAAGCCCAGGGCGGCCGGAGCAAAAGCCAAGGCCACUGUAGUGAGGGACAAGGCUAAAGCCAAGGCAUCUCGGGCCAAGCACAGGGGAAGGCCAAAGGGAUCCGUUAAGACCGGAACUGGAAGGACGAGCCUGAAGAAUCGCUCUGAGACGGUGGGGAAGAAGAGGAAGAAGGCUGAGGAGGUGAAGGGUCUUCCUCCAAAGAAGAGAUCACGGCUUGUGCUCCGAUCCCCUAAGGCACGGCUGGGGCCUGGAACAAAACCUUGCAAGUCCCAGACUAUAAAGGUAGACAGGAAAUCUUCAGAUGAUGAGGUCCGACAGUGGGCGCAGCAGGUCCUCCGUGUGAACCUCUCUCCAGUAGUGUGGCUCCAACCUCUGCUGUCAUCUUGACCCCUUACUCAGCAUCCCGAGUCACCCUUGCAUCUCGGCCUGGGAGAACAGCUGAGCUCUCCAUGUGACCAGCAACAGUGUGCCGGGCUGUGCUCGUGGACUCUGGGUACCUCCAGGACCCCUGCGGUCCCCAGCCUCCUUUCGGAAACUGAGGGUUUGGGAUGGGGUGGGUGGCGGGAGGGGUGUUCUCAUGGCUCAGUGCACUGUGACUUGCUCUUUAAGUUGUACGUCUGAUGUGCCAUCUAUCAUGUUUUAUACCUUUCCACCUUGCGGUCUCCCUGCUCACCCUCCAUGGUCUUAUUUAUUGAAUGAUUUUGGUGUGUGGGGGCUGCUGGCAGGAGCCUGCUAGAACUAGCCCUGGUAGCUUGAAGCAGGUCAUCAAUGUGGAUGAUAGGGUGAUAUUAUCGAAGGGCAAAGCUCCCAGGCUUCUGAAGAGAUGUGGGGAAUUCAGGUGCUGGCUUCUGUAGAUGCGUGAGAGAGAUUCUGAGGGAGGGGCAGAACCACUAUAAAGUAGGACAUCUCACCUCAAGUGUCCCAGUUCUGAACCAGAAGGGCCCCAUUCAAGAUUGUGAGUCACUCUGGGAAAUCCUGCAGCUCACAGGUUUUUAGGCCAGGGAAGAAGCCUUUGUGGUACUGCUCUCUAGGGGCCAAGCUUUAAGGCUUUGCCUGGGCUUGUCUAGAGGGAGGGAACAGGGAAGUGCUGCUUCUCUACUGAAAGGGACUAGCCUCAAUUUUUCUUGAGAGGCUGGGCUUGGAAUCUGGACCACAAAACCUGCCCUUACUGUCCAAAGAAUUUUCUCUCUGGUAAUUAAUGGAGGAUCUAGGCUUCUACCUGUACUCAGCAGUGCUUUCUGACUGGAUUCCAUCCACAUGCUCCAUCUUACUCAGGUCCAGCCUCACUGUGUCUCCUAACAUGAUCUGUGUGCUUUGGACAUUGUUGGUACCUUCUGCUUUGAAGAAGAGCUGGGUCCUGAGUGGAAGCAGCUGCUACCCAUGUGUAGUUCACUGUUAGCCAAUAAGGCUGGAAGGUAGUGGCUAGGAGAUAGGGAACCUGCAACCCCUGCACUUGGGAAUUUGAGUGUGAGUUUGAGGUCAGCAUCAGCUACAUAAUGAGGAAACACCACCAC